UGGGCGAUUGGUAUGCAGUUGUCGGUAAAAACAAAGUCAGGCAGAAUGGCAUAUAAAUUGCAUUUAGUUUUGUUCCUUUUCGUUUUAACCGUUUUCAAAUCAAAUUGUAAAGAGUUGGGAUGUGACAGACCACCAAAAUAUUACAUACCCAAUGCGAAGAUUGACUGGGUAGGAGCGGCAGAGUACUGCAACCGUUUGAACAUGCGGCUAGCCAUCGUCGACAGUGAAGCGAAACACAACACUAUCGUGGAACUGAUAAAACAGUCCGUGGCAAACAACGCAAAUAGGACCAGUGUUUGGAUCGGCGCAAACGAUAUCUCCGAGGAAGGCACAUUCGUUUGGCAUAGUACGGGUCUUAAAGUGGACUAUACGAAUUGGUCCGUGGGCAAUCCGAACAACUAUGGCAAGGAAGAUUGUGCGGAGAUCGCAUUUCAAAGCUACACGAAUUGGACUUGGACCUGGAACGAUCACAAAUGCCACACACUUCUUAACUUUAUUUGUGAAUUUCGAUAAAUGCUCAAUCUUCUUGAUGGAAACAUGAUUUGCUUGAAGUUUGUGAUGGAAAACUAGCGAAAUCUGCCUUUAUCACUUUUUUGUCAUGCGAAGUAAGGCAAGGUACAGUUAACUAGCUUUCUUUACAACAAACUUCAGGAGAUGAAGAUCGGAAAUAACGCAUAGAAUAAGUUUAGUUGCAUUUUACAAUAUUGAACUAAAGCAUCAUUAGCAUUUACAUUCACAAUACACAAGAUAUUAAUGCGAAGUCAAAGUCAAAAGUUCAUUUAAGUAAGUAAUAUUUCGCUCCAAAAAGCAAUAAUAUGCAGCGUAAAUACAAAUUAUUACAAUCUCGUGAUUAUAGAAGGUUAAAAAAGCGGAAUACGGAGAUAAAAAAGCAAAAUAAUAAUGUUUAUUUUCUCGAUAGGAGAACUCGCGUUAGUUUUACAAUAAAGAAUUAUUAUUCUUCU